AAUAAAAGCUAAAACGGCUUGCCAUAAUGACACAGCUUCAUUUAGACUGCUCCGCCCACUUAAUUCACUAUAGUGCAUCUCAGCUGAACAGCAGAUAUUUGCAGUAGCGAGAUACGCUCACUCUUUAUCAGAAUUUUCACAAAAAGGAUUAUACCGAACGGCGAGAUAAAGGUGGAUCUUUAUCAUCUGGAGUUUUAUUCUGCGUAAAAGAAAAGGACUCUGAUAGUUAUUAUAACAUUUUGGGAGAAUGCAGGAGGCAGUGUUGAAUGUGGGUUUUCUCACUAAAGCAUGCGCUGUGGUCGGCGUUCUCAGCGGGGUCCACACCUUCGUUACGUUGUUCUUUUAUUUAAAAGAAUCGGUAGGUUAUAGAUACACGAAUUACUGGCAAGUGUCAUCAAACUUUCCUGAUUUAGUCACUUUGCAAAGUCCUCGAGCAGCCGCACUGGAGUUAAUAAGACAGGACACCAAGGGGACAGUACAAAUAGAUGUAGAUAAACUGUUCUCUAAUGCAAGUGAGUUUAAAGUUAACGCAGAUGAAAGCAAAGUGCUAGAACCGUGUCCUGAGACGUCACCACUUUUGGUGGGUCCAAUGCGUGUCAAUUUUUCACAGCCAUUGCAUUUCGAUGUGGUGCGUGAAGAGAAUCCACUGCUGUUUAUGGGCGGCAGGUAUAAACCCAGCAAUUGUGUGGCUCAUCAAAAAGUGGCAAUAAUCAUCCCAUUCAGAAACAGAGAUGAACACCUAAAGUACUGGCUCCACUACCUUCACCCAGUCCUACAGAGACAGCAGCUUGAUUAUGGAGUUUAUAUCAUAGAACAGGAUGGAGAUGUCACAUUCAACAGAGCGAAACUGCUCAAUGUGGGAUAUGUAGAGGCACUAAAGGAAUACGAUUAUGACUGCUUCAUCUUCAGUGACGUAGACAUCGUCCCUAUGGACGACCGCAACAUCUACAAGUGCUCCAGUCAGCCACGUCACCUCUCUGUGUCUAUGGACAAGUUUGGCUUUAGGUUGCCAUACAAAUAUUAUUAUGGAGGUGUAUCCGCAAUGAGUAAACAGCAAUUUCAGAGUAUCAAUGGCUUUCCCAAUAACUACUGGGGCUGGGGAGGAGAGGACGAUGACAUCUACAGGAGGCUGCAUUAUCGAGGCAUGAAGAUAUCAAGGCCAAGUGGAGACAUUGGUAAAUGCCGAAUGAUUCGGCACAUGAGAGACAAGAAAAAUGAGCCAAACCCACAGAGAUUUAAGAGAAUUUCUCACACACAAAUGACAAUGAACACGGAUGGAGUCAAUUCUCUCAAGUAUAAAGUGAUCGAUAUAGAGAAAGAUCAACUCUACACUAAAAUAACAGUGGACAUCGGCAAGCCAUGAAACCUCUAGAGCUCGGAAGAGCCAUUUAGCUUGCAGCAACUCUUCAAGGAACCUCCACAUAAUGCACAGUUCACUAAGAAUUAUCAAAUUAGUAAACUAAGAAACUUUCAUCUUUUUUCCCCAAAGAAAUGCUGUUUUCCUGAGCAUGCAAUGAUAGGUGUUCUUGAAAACAUUUGAAGGACAAAAAUUCUUCUGAGGGAAACUCUAAAUGAAAUACAUACACACACAUAUGUCCAACUGUAUAUAUAAUUUCAAAUAUUUGAAACCUGUUUAUUUUGAACUAGAAAAACAUGCUUAGUAGUAUUUCCGAUUUAAGGAAUCCUGCUGUAAAAAAACAGAAUAUGGGUCAACGCAUCUGUCUGCCUCAAAAGCACGAGAAUUGCCUGUUGUAAACUUUAAAGUCUACAUGAAUUGUGGUUCACAAUACCGUUUUUUCUGACUGUAAGAGGAUCUUCAACAAGAAAAAAAAUGUAGGGCUAGAAUUGAUGGAAUCAUGAAAGGGACCUAAACGUGAGUUGACUACAAAAUGCCUAAAUAGCUCUUUGGUUAUUGGUUAACACCACACAGCCUAAGUGAUGACAGUGGAAAAGUCGUUUCAGAAGAAGAGAAUGUUAUUACAGAUUGAUGAAAGAUCGCAAGGACAAUAAAUGUUUUCCUUUGGAAUAACAUGCACUGAUAAAUCAUAUAAGAAAUAAGGAACAUAAAUUAAGAAAGUAAAAGAGUCCGUUUUGAUAUCAUGUUUACGGUAAGAUCCAAUUAAGCCUGGUAAAAAAUAAAGUAACUGGUGAAGAACACACCUCAAGGAAUAACUGACUAAUGUGAAUAUUGCACAAGUGCCUUUAAAUGAGAUACAAACUUGUUUUCUCUGUGAUUGUACACUCAAAGAAAAAUCUUAUGAGUUUACGGUACAAUAUUUUAGUAGUAGAUACAUAUCAGUUGUUAUGAUUGCCAGUCCAACUUUACAUUACUGUCCAUGUUACUGUGUUAUUACAUAAAGUAACAUUGACACUACUGUAAAGUGUUACCUAAUUCUUUCAGUAUCAUUUUGAUCGGAGUGCUGUGCACUCUUUAAGCAACAAAACAAAUCUCUUUGUGAAGGGA